GAGGAGAGCAAGUCGGGCGGCAAGCGCGCCCACGGCACGCACGACUACCCCGACCACCUCACGCACAUCGACCGCCUCACCUGGGACGUCAUCGUCGUCGGCGCCGGCCCGGCAGGCCUCAUGACGGCGGUGAGUGAGCGUGAGGGCCUAUGCGACGCAGUGGGGCGCGGCUGCUGCAGCGCAGAAUGUGCAGCGCUGGAGUGGGAGCGCUGCAGUGCAGGCGCUGAAGUGGAGUGCUUGCUGUGCUGCAGCAGGCGCCAGCUGAGCGCCGAGACUGCAUCAAUGCAGCACUGACACGCAGAACUACAGAGCUCGCUCGCACGCUUCGGCGGCCACAACGUGCUCGUCAUCGACGAGCGCUCUGAGCCCACCACGGCCGGCCGCGCAGACGGCAUCCAGCCGCGGACAAUCGAGGUGCUCAAGAACAUGGAGCCCAUCGGCAGUGACUUCUUCGCGCGCUCGGCGCCGUCGUACGAGCGCUCCUUCUGGGGCCCGAAGCCGGGCAACAGCCGCGGCAUUGUGCGCCAGCGCCGCGUGCAGUCCUUCCCGACAUCGAUGGAGAUCGAGGACCCGUGCACGCUCGGCCUGCAGCAGGGCCUCAUCGAGGGCGGCUUCCUGCGCGACAUGGAGAAGCACGGCCAGCGCGUCACGCGGCCCUGGCGCUUCGUCAAGUUCGAGCAGACCGACGACGCCACGUACCCCGUCACCGUCACGCUUGAGAAGAUGGGCGGCGUCAUCGAGACGAAGAACGCCGCGGGCGCGCCCGAGUACCGCAUCGAGCCGACGGGCGAGCUCAAGGUGGUGCGCACCAAGUACCUCGUCGGCUGCGACGGCGGGCGCUCGCCCGUGCGCAAGCACAUGGAGGAGCACCACGGCGUUGUGUUCGAGAGCAUGGGCCUCGUCGACACGCUCUGGGCCGCGCUCGACUGCAUCGUCGAGACGGACUUCCCCGACGUGCGCAAGAUUGCUGCCAUCCACUCGGCCUCGCACGGCGCCCUCUACAUCUUCCCGCGCGAGAACAACGAGAAGGGCGAGCCGAUCAUCCGCUGCUACACGCAGGUCAACUACCUCGGCGGCUCGAAGAGCAAGGAGUCGGCCUUCACCGCGCGCGACACGAUCACGUCGGACAUGGUCAUGCAGGCGAUCAAGGAGAUUGCACACCCGUACAACUUCGAGUUCAAGGGCGUCGAGUGGUUUACGUGCUACCCGAUCGGGCAGCGCCUCGUCACGCGCUACUCACUGCCGCCGGCAGUCGCCGAGAAUGGCCGGCCACGCCAGGGCCACCGCGUGUUCCUCGCCGGCGACGCGUGCCACACUCACUCGCCCAAGGCCGGCCAGGGCAUGAACACGGCGAUCAUCGAUGCGCAGGCGCUCUCGUGGCGCAUCAACCUCGUCGAGAAGGGCCUGGCGGACCACGACACGCUGCUGUCGACGUACCACGAGGAGCGCUGGGCCACGGGCAAGCAGCUCAUCGACUUCGACGAAGAGUACUCGGCGCUCUUCAGCGGCGAGAUCCCCAAAUCGCAGCCGCAGCUGGCCAAGCUGAGCAAGGAGCAGCUCGAGGAGCACUUCGUCGAGGUGCAGCGCCGCAACGCUGGCUUCACCACGGGCGCCGGCGUCAAGUACAAGGACAACGUGCUCAACUUCCGCGACCCGGCGCCGCUCGGCCUCUCGCAGCCCGUGACGCAGCGCCUGGAGCCGGGCGCUCGCUUGCUGCCAGCGUGGGCUACGCGCUUCAACAGCACCCGCCCUGUGCGCAUGAUUCACGAGAUCCAGUUCACGGCGCCCGGCGGCUUCCGCCUCUACGUGCUCGCGGGCGACCUCGCUGCCAACAAGACGAAGCUCGACGGCCUCGUGGCGCACCUGCAGUCGCCGCGCUCCUUCCUGCAGCGCUUCCGGCCCAACAGCAAGGCGCACCACCUCGCCCACGGCCCAUACCACGUGCGGCCUGAGCCGCUGAACUCGGGCCUGGCCAACGGCUUCAGCACCGAGGUGAAUCCGUUCUUCCACAUGCUGCUCAUCGUGCGUCAGUCGCGCUACCGCUUCGAGCUGGAGGAUGUGGCGCACCUCGGCCCGCUGCGUGCGCUCGUGUACGCCGACGACGUCGAGGCCGGCGGAGACCGCAUCGGCGACGAGGACGGCGACGAGAGCGUCGGCGGCAUGCACCGCAAGUACGGCCUUGAGCAGGGCGGCGUCGUCGUCGUGCGGCCUGACGGCUACGUAGGCGCCGUCGUCGGCCUCGAGGACCACGCGGCCAUCGAGCGCUACUUCGACGGCUUCCUCCGAGGCGCGCCGGGGCAGGCGGCCCGCAUGUAGGUGGAGGGGUGAUGUCCUGGUUUCUUAAUGUCACGUGUGCUCAGUCCAGUGCGAGCGACCAGUUGCGACGUGCAGGUGAUGUCGCCUGCCAUCGAUCUCGUUGCCAUCUCGCUAUCCGCUUAAUCUGCACGCCCUGAACUUCGCGAGGCCCGCUCCGCCGGACGCGCGGAGCCGUCGCGGCGCAUGCCGUUUGACGUGCGCUGCGUGUCUCAGGUGUGCUUUGAGUGCGGCGCAAGGUGCAGCGGGCCAUUGCCGCAGCCGUAAGCUUCUCAUUUGCGCCGAGUCCGGCUCACGGCUUGGCAACACGCCGAGAGCCGUACAGGCCCACACACAGCCG